AUGUCUGCAUCCAGCAUAAAACAGCGCCACUACUCGGCCCUCGCAUCCCGCAUCCGCGUCCUCCAGUCCAACCUCGCGGAGACCGAGGGGCUCACAGAGAUGAUGGCCUACCAGCUCGACGCGACUGCCAAGUUGGGAAUACACUGUGGUUCACAGUUCAUGGCCGUCUCCAGGCUACUCGAUAAAGAACUGGAGGCUGUCCAAGAGGCGAGUGAACAACCGGAAGGGCAGUCUACAACGAACCCUCCAGAAAGCCCUCUUUGA